AUGUCAGUCCAAACUGAGUCGAGGAAAGACCGUCGUAACGAUGGUCGAAGAGAUCAGUCAGGUCCCCGCCUCAACCGAGAAAGGCAUCAGCCCUAUGUUAGAACAGUCAUACCACCAUCUCUUCGACAUGCGGAAGGGCCGUCCAGGCCACAUACAAGGACUCAGCGAAACGAAAGAGAAAUAGUGUACGCAUUAGAAAAGCUCGGCACAAAGGUGAAGUGGCCGCAAAAAAUGAAGUCUGACCCAAGUACCCAAAAGUCGAACGUCCUUUGUGAAUUUCACCAGGAACGAGGCCACAAAACCGAGGAUUGCAUAGCUCUAUGGCAAGAAUUAGUGAACAUGCUGAACCAAGGGCACCUGAGGGAGCUGAUGAGCGACCGAUGGCGAGCUGACUUCGGCCGUGGACGAGAACAACACCAAGGCCCUCCAAAGACACCCUCCCCCGCCUGGACCAUCCAAAUGAUCAGCAGUGGAAGCGACGAAGCAGCAAUCAACCAUGUGAAGUUUACCACCGCACAUAAACUGAAAAGGUCGAUCACACAUGAACGGCAUGAUGACAUCGAUUUGGCUUUUCCUCAUUCAGACGCUCUUGUCAUUACUUUACGUAUUUUGGACACAGAUAUGAAAAGGAUAGUGGUAGACGAUGGAACCGGCGCGUUUGAGCGAACCUCGGGGGAGAUAACGCUACCCGUUCUAGCUGGGGUUGUCACCCUAGAAACGACGUUCCAUGUCAUGAACUAG